AUGUCAUUCAAAUGUGAAUAAUGCGAGCGUGUUUUCGCCAAAAAAAGCAAGCUUAACCGUCAUGUUCGUGAAACUCAUAUGAACAUCAAGCAAUACGUUUGUGAAGAGUGUGGAAAGAAUUUCAAGAGAAACUCACACUUAAAGCGCCAUUUAAUCUCUCACAGUGAGAAUCCUAAGCCACACAAGUGUAGCUACGAAGGAUGCUACAUGGCUUUCACUUGCAAGCAUCAUUUAGAGAGGCACAUCAAGAUUAUUCAUAUAGAAGAAUACUAGUAUAAAUGUACUGAAUGUGAUGCUAAGUUUCCUAAGAAGGUUUCUCUAAAUAAGCAUCUUACCUAUGAUCACGGUAAAAAGAAGCCUCUAACUUGUCAGCUAUGCCAUAAAUCUUUCUUCAAACUUGGACAACUUGAAUACCAUCACUGCGAAGAAAAGUUUAAGUAACUAAAUUUGGAAUUAGAAAAUGUAGGAGCAAACCCUAAUAUGAUGUAAGAUUUAAAUGUAAAUGAUCUUUCUGAUAAUUAGAAUCAUGCUGAAAGAUCUUAGGGAAAAAGCAAUUUAAAUAACAUUGAAGCGUUUUAGCAAGGAUUAGUUAAUGAAGAUAGUAUGUUCCAAAAUUAAAUGAACUCUCAUCACAUUCCUAUGCUCCACGAUGAUCAACAUCAUGAGCCUAAUAAUAUUCCAGUAAUUGAUAUAUCUCAAUUUUCUAGAAAGCAGCGUUAAAGAAACUACAAUUAUGCCAACACAGAUUACUCAACAACUUCUAUGUCCUAAAAUAACAAUGAAUUAAAUUAAUAGCAUGGAUCCUCACGCAAUGCAAAUCAAGGAUCUAAGAUAAGCGAAUAAAACAUUAAUAGCUCUCAAUUAAGUGGACCAACUGAGUCUUUGAAUACAAACAGUACCAGCAAUAUACUUUCAAAUCGCAUUAUGAAUAGUAAUUCAGCUGUAUCUUUAAAUAAUUAGAUUCAGCCUCCCAUAAAAAAGAAAUUUAAACCUGACUAUUUAGAAAAUUAGAAUUUUAGUUUGAGCGGGGAUUAAUAACCUAUAAGUAAUAAUAUUAAUAAUAAGUAAUAAAACUCAAUUAAUGCAUCGAGCAGCAUUAAUGAUCAACACAAGUAAUCUAAGCAAGAAAAUGUUAUUAGCGAAUCUGCAGAAGGAGCAAAUAGAUAAAAGAUAAUUAAAAUAUCAUUCGAUGGCUUAAACACUUAGAGUGAUUCUCAAGAUCCAUACACCUUUAAAGAAAAGAAUAUUUCCUUCAGUAACCCUAGCCUUGGAUUGAAUUCCUCUAAUUAAAUUACAGGGUUACUCAUGCCUGAAGUUAAUCUUUAAGCUACUCUAAAUGAGUAAUAAAAAAUCACAGAAGCAUUUAACAAUAAAGUUCCCAUCAAAGUAGAGGAACCAGCUGUUGAUAAGAAGAAAGAGGGAGUUAAAUCAAGCAACGACCUCUCAGAAUAGCAAUAGUAAUAAUAAUAAUAGUAGUAACAACUAAGUAAUAAUUAAGGUUACUAUGAAAACAUGCACAAUGAAGUAAACCGUGAAUACAUGCAUGACCCAAAACAAGAAUACGAUACUAUCAAUUUAGACAUGAACAACUAAAGUGAUAUUCAUGGAAAUUUUGGUAACUAAGGAAUGCAAAAUAUUGGGUAGGGCAAUCUCUAUGAAUAGUAUUACAAAAGUCCUUCACUCAGACCUAACGGUAGAAAGCUUAGUGAAUUAUUCACAAUUCACGAUUUUAAAGAACGUAAAAAUAGCUUCAACAGUGAUUAUGGAAAUUUGACUAUCUUUAAAGAUUUGUUUUAGGAAAACUCUUUCAAUAGUCGUCGUCCUUCAAUGAAUAUCCCCGAAUCUAAAAAUUAUCGUAAAGGAUCAAUUUUCCAACUUCAAAAGAUGGAAGAAGACGGAAUUAUGGUUGAUCUUGAUAUGAAUUAAGGAGAUUUGAAUAAUAUGAUGACUGCUAAUUAAUCACAAGAAAUUCACCACAACUUACAAAGUAAUUAUGAUCAAAUGAAUAGCUAAAGCGCUAAUAAUAAUGCAAAUAUCAAUAGUAAUGUAGGACUUGAAAGCAAUUACGCUAAUUAAAGCGAUUAAAUGAUAGGAAACAACUCAUAGCAAUUUAUUUAGAACUCGACAAUUCUUUCUUAAUUAAACAAUAAUAAGGCUGAAUAAUCAGAAGUCCAAUUGAAGACAUAACAGCGCAUAAAUCAUCACCACCAAAUGCAAAAUAAUAGAUUGCAAUAACCUAUUUAAAAGUAAGGAUACACAAGCAACAAUCCCUAAUUGCAUCAUCACAUCUACCAACAAAGAGAAGUCUCUCCCUAAAUGCAAUUCAAUCCUGAUUCAGCUAAGGUAGGAUACGCUCACAGUCCCUACAUCCCUUUAGUCGUUAGAAGCAAAUCUCCUUCUAACAAAAUUAAAAAAGAAGAAAAAUGCUACAAAUGUAACUACGCAGACUGUGACAAAUUUUAUACAAAGCUCUCAAAUUUGAAAACUCACAUCAGAACCUUCCACUUUAAGAGUAAAGACUUUAAAUGCAAUUAUCAAGGUUGUAAAUCAGCGUACCUCCACAAGAAGAGCUUAAAAGAGCAUAUAGCCCGUGUGCAUAAAUCUGCUCCUGGCGCUUAUAUCCCAGGAAGCAAGAGAAAUUCAGAAGAUUAUGAAUACUCAGACGAACAUUAAAUGAAUCAAUUAAACUAGAACCAAAUAAAGGAGAUUUUACCAAAAAUUUAAUACGAUGAGCAUGAUCACUAAUAAAUUUUAUAGUAAUCUCAAUAGUAAAUAUCAUAGCAAUAACAGUACCAUAUUUCUCACCAAAGCCAUCAUCUCCAAAAUCACCACUAAUAAAAUUCCGUACAACAAAAUGAUCUCCUUGCAAACCAUUCAUCCAUGUAUGGCCUGUACAUUCCCUCCCCGAACUCUGCUUCCCAAAAUACUACUUCCCAAAUAAAUUAUCAUUAGUAAUUCACCCAGUAGCAAUAACAAUAGCAGUAAUAAUAAUAAUAGCAGUAAUUGCAUCAGAACUCAUUUUCAUCUUCCAUGCAAAAUGCAGCAACAGCAGCAGUAGCAGCUCCUUUUUACUCCUAUUAAAAUUAACCUGAAUAUGUUGUUUAGCAUGAUGCAUAAUUGUAAAUACCUCUUCUUUAAUCAACUUAAUCAUAAUAAUAACAAUAUUAACCUAACUAUCCAUAACUUCAUAGAAAUCUCAGUCUCCCUACCCAUCACUCUCAAUAAACUAAAUCGUCAGUCUUUAUGGCUUGA